UAAAGGAUAUAUUAAAGAGAAAACCCAAACAUAAAAUUACAACAUAAGAUCAAAGGCUAGUGGGAAACACGUGUGAUAUGUCGAGAGACUAAUGGGAAUUAUUACAACCAGGUGGUUGUCCACGAUUUCGGAGAUAUAAACAUGUCAUUUUUUGAAUUAAUAAAAUUAAUCUUGUGGUAUUAACUAUGUAACAUUAUUAAGUUGAGAGAUAUUAUCAUAUAUAACAUAUAUUUUAUGUAGCUAGAUAUAUAUUAAUUUAGUGUGCAUAGUUGACAUGUGGUGGUCAGUACUUCAAGUAGUCAGCAAUUAUUUUUCUCGAUUAAUAAUCAAAACAAUUUUAUUAUUUUAAAUAGUUUAAAAAUAAAAAGUCUUGGUAUUGUAUAAUCUUAGAAGAUUAUUGAGAUAUAGUGAUAAUUCUAUCAAUUUAAAUAUAAGUUUUCAAAAAAAAAAUUAUGACAUAAUUUGUGAUUAAUAAAAAAAAGAUUAAUGAGCAAAAAAAAUAUUUUAUAAUACUUUAUAUUUUCACAUUAUUUUUUUACCACUUUAUUUUAUUUUGAAUUAAAAUAGUUACAAAAUUUCCGUAACUUUGUCAAAUCGCAAAUCACAUUUUCUCAAACAUUUUUGAUUUAGUGAUUACCUUAACACUAACAAUUGGUUAAUCAAAAAAAUACAUCAUUAAAUUCUCUCCAAUCAUCAGAUUAUCGUAUAAAACAAUGAUUCAUUUAAAAGUAUUAUUUUUAAAAGUAUUACUUUCAUUUUUAAAAAGUUACUAUAAUACAUACAUAUUUUAAUUAAAUAUUAUUAACUAAUUUUAAAUUAGAAAAUAAUAUUUUAAAUUUUAAAUAACAUGAUGUCAUUAUUUUCGACAUAUAUACUUAAUAUUAAUGUGAGAUUCAGUAGUUUUAUUAUUCAUCACUCAUUUUUUAUAUAUCUAUCAUUUUUUUUUCUUAUUACAAAAAUAAGCAUGUCAAUCUUAUUAUAAUUAAAACCAUAUCAAUAGAGUCUUAACUAUAGUCUCGUAUUAAUAUAUUGUUUCCGUUUUUCAAUUUAUAUUAUUAUAAACUAAUCAGAAUUACUUACAAUGGAAUAAACAGAAAGAAAUAAAAAUCUACAAAUUUAAAGGAAGAUAUCUCGUCAAAUUUCCGUGAUUAUGUUCCAUGCAUGACCAUGAUCCCUUCCUAAUAAGAUGUUCUGUGUAUAUAUAUAAUCUAAAUAACAAAAGAUGUAAAACAUCUUAUCAGUAUCCUAAGAAAAAAAUGAAAAAUCUCUCAAUAUUUCUAUGUGUCGUCUGCAUGAUUAGCCAUGUAUACGGCGACAUCAGGAUUGCGAACGAACUCAAAUUCAAGAAAAAACUCUGGAUAAGCUGUUUCUCCGGAGACGACCAAAUGGAGCCAGUGAUAAAAAACCCAGGAGAACGCCAUCGAAUUAACUUCAACACCAACAUUUGGGGGACAACGCGUUUCAUGUGUACGUUGAGACAAGGGCCUAACUAUAGACACACUCAGAGCUUCACAGCCUUCAAACAGGUAAGUCCCAGUGAUAAUGGAGCCUUGUGGGACUGGAGAGCCAGAGAAAAUGGUAUCUAUUUGAAAGUGUGGGCGGGCGAACAUGAGCAAGGUGGGGCCUAUAUGCAUAAGGUGCAUGAUUGGAUAUACUAGUUUGUAAUAUUCUUUUCUUAUAUCUUAUAUAUUCAAACAGAAGUCACAACCUUAA